UCAGCCUGCGUUUACAGUGGUGAGUUGAACUGACAGCCGAUUUCACAACGGCAGCGAAAUAAAAACAUAGACGUCUCACCGCUGAAAGCGAAGCAAAAACAUCUAUUUUUAUUGCUAUUCACACCGUACAGAACAUCCUAGCGGAUCGAAAGAAUUGUUGAGGCGUUGCUUAAUAUUUUGCUGCGUAAAAUUGGAAUCGGUUCUAUUAACCAGAACAUAUAUUGUGUGUGAAUUUCAUAAGUUUCCGGUAAACAUCGUUUAGAAUUGUGAAAUAGACAUUCCAUUCCGCCACCGUAGACUGGUGCUUUGGAGCAACAAUUUCAGCUAAACCAGUUAAACCUUUCGGAAUGUUUUUUGAUGAUUGAAUCAUGAAACAAAAGUCCCUGUAAUGCUGUACCAAAUCAAGUAACGCUCUUGAUAGUCGCCUUGUUGAUGCACAUCGACCGUGUUAUGUAAACGAUUUGGCUUAAUUUUACUGUUCCAGCUAAAUUCCACAAAACAAGAUGCAUCACUUAGAGAGAUGCAGGCAAAUUAUAAAUAACACCAUCCUGAAGUUGGUAGUACGUCGGAUAGAACCUGCCAUCUCGAUUGCACACCGUACCGUAACUAGUCAACCGAAUCGUGAUGCCUUCUUUCGUGCAAUACAGAAUGUACCCUGUGGAAGAACGUUCGGCACCACACAAAGACAGCUUCGGCAGUUACACGCCGAACAGCGCGCUUUACUUCGUAUGCUGUGCGAUUCGAGUUCGAUUCCCGCGUACGUGUUUGCACGCCACCUGCACACAUCGAACCAAAAGCUGGAGAAACAACAGCCCCAGAAACAGAAACCUUCGGAUCGGGACGGUGACCCGAACCGGGGCAAUAAAAAGGAUGAUGAGGACGACAAGGAGAAAAUGAUGUCUGUGGUAACGAAAACGCUCAUCUGGAUGAUUACAAUCUAUCUGUUGGUGGGUUUUCUGUCCAUGGUGUUGCCGUCGCGCAAUCGACCCGAAUCGGCCACACGCUACGUGAGCUGGCACGAGUUCGUCCAUCACAUGUUGGCGGUUGGAGAGGUGAAAGAGGUAGUGGUACACCCGGACAUGGAGAUGGUGACGAUCAUCUUGCACGACGGUGCGAUUGUGAAGGGCCGCCGGGUGCAGUCGAACAUUUUCCAUAUGGCGGUGGCCGACAUGAACAAGUUUGAGGAAAAGCUGCGGGCCGUUGAGCAGCGGCUCGGCGUGACGGAGGGUGUGUCGGUUCAGUUCGAGCGCAGCGGUGAUGUGAGUGGACGCAUUCUGUUUACACUAUUCGCGACGGGUGUGAUUAUUGCGCUGCUUAGUCGCAUCCGCGGUGGUCGUGGACCGAUCUCGAUGGACAGUUUCACGCAGAUGGGCCGUGCCAAGUUCACGCUAGUCGAUCCGAUCGAAGGCGGGCGGGGCGUUUGGUUCCGAGACGUUGCCGGCUUGCAGGAAGCGAAGCAGGAGGUGAUGGAGUUUGUCGAUUAUCUUAAAUCACCCGGACGCUACCAGCGGCUGGGUGCGAAAGUACCAAAGGGGGCGCUACUGCUUGGGCCGCCCGGUUGUGGCAAGACGUUGCUAGCGAAGGCUGUUGCAACCGAGGCUCAGGUGCCCUUUCUCAGCAUGAAUGGGUCCGAGUUUAUCGAAAUGAUCGGUGGACUGGGUGCGGCCCGUGUGCGCGAUCUGUUCAAGGAGGCAAAGAAACGUUCACCGUGCAUCAUCUACGUAGACGAAAUCGAUGCAAUCGGACGGCAGCGCGAAGGAGGAUCGGCCGGAGCGGGUGGUAUGAACUCGGGUGAAUCGGAACAAACGCUAAACCAGCUGCUGGUCGAAAUGGAUGGCAUGGCAAGUAAGGAAGGUGUGCUGAUGCUUGCCAGCACAAACCGAGCUGACAUCCUGGAUAAAGCAUUGCUCCGUCCGGGCCGUUUCGAUCGGCACAUUCUGAUCGAUCUACCCAACCUCGCCGAACGAAAGGAAAUCUUUGAGAAGCAUUUGUCCGGUAUUGCGCUAGAGCAACCACCCGCAACGUACUCGAGCCGUUUGGCAACCCUUACACCCGGGUUUUCCGGUGCCGACAUCGCGAACGUAUGUAACGAAGCGGCACUACAUGCUGCACGCACCAACCAGAAGGUAGUACGCACGGCAAACCUUGAGUACGCCGUGGAACGGUUGGUGGGCGGUACGGAAAAACGUUCCCAUGCCCUUUCGCCAACCGAGCGGCGUGUGAUAGCGUUCCACGAAUCCGGCCACGCACUCGUCGGUUGGAUGCUACCGAACUCGGACGUGUUGCUAAAGGUGACGAUCGUUCCCCGCACUAGCCUGGCACUCGGGUUCGCCCAGUACACACCGAAGGAGCAGAAACUGUACACGCGCGAGCAGCUGUUCGACAAGAUGUGCAUGGCGCUGGGUGGUCGGGCGGCGGAAAAUCUCACCUUCAACCGUAUCACCACCGGUGCCCAGAACGAUCUUGAGAAGGUGACCAAAAUGGCGUAUGCACAGAUUAAAUACUUCGGCAUGAACACAACCGUUGGUCCAAUCGCGUUCGCCGAAGAAAGCGAUAAUGAUCCGUACGCGGAAAAACCAUACUCGAAGAGUUUGGGCAAUUUGAUCGAUUUUGAGGCGCGGAAAAUGAUCACUGAAGCGUACGAACGAACGGAACAGAUUCUGCGCGAUAAUACGGACAAAUUGAACAGGUUGGCCGAAGCACUGCUGGAGAAGGAAACGCUUAACUACGACCAGGUGGUCGAGCUGAUCGGACCACCAAGGUAUGAUGAUGCAAAGCGUAAAAUAGAACCGGUCGAUUUCGAGGACAGCCUGAAGCGGCUUGCCCAGAACGGAACAGAGGAGAAGUGAGCGAAUAUUUAUCAUGCUGACAGCGGUAGUGUGCGUAGUCGAACGGAAUUUAAGAAGAUUUAGCCGCUGGAAAUGGUUGUAAAUAAAGGAUUCAAUUAAUUGUACUUGUUACAUAA